AUGAGCCGCAAAAGACAUUUGCUUCUUAUUUAUAUCGAGGAACUUCUUCAAGGCAGCUGGAACCGCCGGGGUCAAAAUAGCCAAAUGAGGUUGAGGUAUUUGGCUGCUGUGGCGCUUCCCGAGUUGAAGGCCCGACAGACAACCGAAGGCGCUAUAAUAUUAUUAUUGCCCCACAUGCUUCUUGAGCACCCUUCUCACUGUCUAUUAUCCACUGUCAAGCUUAUAACGAGCGAGCGGUGCCCAAAACGGCAGAGUAGAUUAUCCAACUGUCUGGAAAUCAUUCCAGCGCCUGAAAGGCCCAGGAUUCAAAAUCGCGUGGAUGCGAUGGCUACGGCCACAGUCACGUCCUCGUUAUCUAUACGUUUGGGAAAUGUUUGGCAGGCCCUUGCGCUUCGAAGCGAUGUGGAGGAUAUCAUCAAGGAACUACUCGGCCAUUUUUCGCUGGAGAAGAUAUAUUCGGACGGUAAUAAAGAAUCCUAUCAAGCCCUCGUGACAACGUUACUCUCCCAACUGAAUGCCAUUUUCUACAUCCAACGGCUAUCGUUGCCUGCCGAGAAAACACACACCGGAUCGUACCUUGGGUUUUUGGCCAACGGACCAAAGAUCGUCGAGAGCGGUUUUCGCGAAUACAUAGGUCGCUUGAACGUGUUUAUGAUAGUUACCCGGGUCCGAAAUCAUUUCUUUUGCAGAUUUGCAAGGAGUAUCCGCUUGCGCACUGGCCUUCCUGUCCGAGUCGGUCUCUACCAUCGUACCAAAGGACGGAUCAUCCUGAAUGACUGGGUUAUGUUCAUUUUAUGGCCCUGCGGGGACGUCCCCCUGUUUGGUGUUUGGGACGAAUGUUCCAAUAUGAGAUAUUCUCAGCUGAGAUAUUUGGAUAAUAUUAAUCUUCCACUUGAUUCCAGUGAAGUACCAGAAGUUUCUCUUCCACCAGGGACGAACUGUCGGCAAUGUGGUGACGUUGUGACAAUGGCCCGAGAAAUCCAACUUGCGCGGCAUACUUGGAAUCUUCUUUCCCACAUCGAAUCAAAUGCUGACACAAUCAACGUCGAGAGACACCUUCCGACGCAAUUCCAAUUACCACCUCCUAAAGGUGAAGCUGGCGGUUCGUUCCCAUCAUAUAGUAACGUAACAACCCCAGUGAGCCCGAGAACACAAGAAACCGACUCAUCCCUUUUCACUCGAACUAUAUUUUCGGCUUCCGACCCCUCCAGUGCAACUCCUCAAUCACCUUCAUCCCAAUUCACGCACCUAAUUCGACACAGAUUUGAUACCCCUCGUACCGAAUUUUCGCCCAUGGACAGUUUAACCGCUAUUAACGAAACGGAAGACAAUGUAUUGGAGCCAGGAACCAUCGUUGAGUCGCGUGCCUCCCACGGUUCUCACGAUUUCUCGGCCCACGCAGCAAACCUACCUGGAAUUGAGAAGACCACAACCACUGCCACUUCCGAGUCUACCCUCCUCGUGCGAUCACGGACGUUGCAAUCCCCUACAUCAUCGGACAAAGGGAAAAUGGGCUGGAGAAAACUCACUGGUACAAAAAAGGAAUCCAUCUCAGCAUCCGGAGACACCAGUUCCCUUUCGUCAUCCUUUCUAGAAUCACAGAAACUGGAUGAAAUUCCUUUGAAAAGUUUAGUCAACUCGAUGAAAAGCGUAAAAGGAAGAUUUGCAAAAAAUAUCAACGUUUAUCUUUCACAAAAUUCGACUUUCGCACUCUUUUGGACCCAUACCACGAUACAUGUGUGGGAUGUUGGAACCUCUCCGCCAACCAUGAAACGCGCAUUUUCGAUAGAUAGUACGUGCCUUCUUGCAGCAGUUACGAAAAUGUACUUAGCCACCCGGAAUCCAAAGGGGGUAAUCCAGGUAUUCCAAUGGAAAUUUCCUUUCGUGGUGUUCCACGAACUACCGGCUUGUAGAUACUACGUCCCACUGCACGAGUCGGAAGAUAAUGGAGUAUCAGCAACUUUAUUUCGAUCUUCGCGUCGGGGUGACGAACUCGUCUGCAUCACGACGUGGACGCAAUCUGGAGUACCCAUCCUCGCACAUCCCAAGGAAGGAAAUAAAACAGAUGUCAAGGCGGAAAAUGCCAGCCGCCACGGGAGACUAGGUAAUAGAAUUCAAUGCGCUUCUUUCUCCCCUUCUGGCGCUGAGCUCGCGAUGGUAAAUGACCGGGGUUAUCUUUAUCAAAUAUCAAAUCUGGACUCAAGUCCUAUGGAUGUUAAAAGACUGGCCACAUCUAAGGAACUCACGACCAAAUCAGAUUCAUUUGCUAUGUCGUACAUGACAACCACUGAUGAAGAUACCAUUAUCAUGGCUUGGGUUGAUGCAGCAACAGGAGUAGCAAAUGUCAAAAGAGUACCAGUAGCAGCCCAGGGGGAUAUUACCAUGACAGCACCACCUAUGCCACAACAACCUCCGUCCCCGAAGUACGAGUUGCCAGAAAGCAGCAGGGACCCGCCGCGUGUGCAUGAGCUACCGCGAGAGGCGGAGCCUGCGCCGGUGAAAAGAAAUUCAAAGCCAGCAGUAGAACUACCUACUGAUCCGCCGAGAUUUUUAAGUCGAUUUCGAGGGAUAACCAGAUAA